AUGAAUACAACUAAAAAAUCCGCUUCGGACCUCGUGGGGGAGGUAAAACCCCACCCCAAAUCGACGGAAAGCGAACUCGACGAGGAGGAGCUACUGCGCUCAGACGACGAGACGCUAGCCCCGUCCAAUACAGAGGGAGGUGUAAAGACAAGCACACCUCAAACGACACAACCAAAGCACACUAAAGCGGCGGCAAGCCAAGCCAAAGCGACCGGUGAACACGGGAAGACAAAACCGUGGACCCACCAACAACGAAAGGCGCAGGCAAGCAAGGCCCAUUUCAUCCUCGCCAAAAUAGCGAGGAAUGAAAAGGAGGGCAAAGCCGACCCGCGCGACGCUGCAGACAAAGCCAGAUUUCUAGCAGUGAUCGAGGAAUACGAGCGCUACGAGAAGGAGCACCCAGAGACGUCUUUGCCUCCUCAAGCCAAGCGCAACCGCUCACAAGAGGUGAGUGAGAGCGCUCCAAAGAGGGCCAAGGACGCUAAGGGAGCACCGAGGCCGACCACUUUCGUCAAACCGGCGAAAAAGUUCAGCGAGGUGGCCAGAGACAGCCUCGCAAUGGCACUUAUAAACGAGCUCAACGACGAUGGGCGCCUGCUGAUGGAGAAAUGGGAGGAGGUCGACACCCAGUUGGCGGAGAUGGUAACCGACAAAUUACUGUCCGAGCCAACGGGCCAGUCACCCUCCUUUGACUCCUCAGACAUGGUUAGGGGGCACCGGGUAAUCAGGUGCGACGACGAGUUUUCGCGGGAUUUCCUGGCGGAUUGCGUUGCCAGUCUAAGCAAGGCAUGGAAAGGGAUUAGCAUAAAGCUAGUCCCCGCCAAGGACAUCCCAAGGAGACCCAGAGCUCGCAUCUGGCUACCCAAGGGGCUGUCUAGCCAUGAAAGGGUGCUCAAGACUCUGUGA